AUGGCAAUCUCCAUCAUGGACAAAGUUAUUUUGAAGAACAUGAGGUUCGACAUCCCCGUCGGCCUCGAUGCCUGGCGACGAUUCCGCAAGCCUCAACCUGUCUCGAUCACCAUAGAGGCCCAGCCAACAUCCACCCUCGAGCCGGCUGCUUCCAAGGACGACGUCAAUCUCUCUCUGGACUAUGGAAAGUUAUGCAAGAAGAUCUCAGCGGCCCUCCAGAACGCCGAUCCUGAGGCCUUUCCCACCAUAUAUGCCCUCAUCGCCAUGCUCUCGAACACGGUACCGGAUUGUGGUCUGCUCACUAUCGAAAUUUCUCUUCCCAAAGCUUUGCUGCAGGCCAGAGGUGGCGUGCUCUACCAAUACCAGGUCGACAAAUCAGAGCUGGAAAUCGAUACAUCUAGCCUUACUGUCACAGUCAAACAAAUUGCCUGCAACUGCAUUAUCGGAGUCAACCCUCACGAGCGCAUCUACAAGCAGACAUUAUUCAUCGACAUCAGCGUACCUCUCGUGGACCCUGCUUUGGGAGUUGGUGCUCUGGAAGAACACUACACCGCCGCUCUGCAUGACAUGGUUCAAACAGUAUGUGAACGAGUGGCAGGUUCCGCAUACCACACGAUCGAAUCACUGGCAACUGCCGUGGCUCAGAUUGUGACAAUCAACUAUGGACACACAGUUGCCAAAGUCCGCAUCGAAAAGCCCCACGCCAUUGCUACCAUUGAAGCCGCCGCAGUCGAAAUCACCCGCAGCAAAACAUUCUUCGAAAACAAGGACUUUUGGAAGGUCAAGCUCCCGUAA